CCUUGUUUGGCCUCUUUGGCUUGAUAUUGUACCUUGCUUCAUCCUGGCCUUUGUAUUCCAAGAAUACUUUGUAAAGAGGGUACUAUAUACUUUCAGAAGACAAAUUCAAGCACCUUGUACUGAAAUGGACAAACUUUAGGGAUAGUAAAUAGUUCAUUGAAGUGGCACCAUGUUGCUGAUGGAAGAGAGACAGAAUCUGAAAUUUCACAAUGUUGUAAUUGUAGGAGUCCUACCAAUAAGGUAAUGUCAGGCUCCUGGAUCAUAUGCUGUAAUAAAAAAAACUCAUCCAAGAAUGGAGUACAUGAAACGGACAAAGCGGCUGAAAAUGUGCAAGAAAAAAUGAAGAUGAAACAAGAAAUUACUUUGCUUAAUGGUGUUUCUUUAAUAGUAGGGAACAUGAUUGGUUCUGGGAUAUUUGUGUCACCCAAAGGUGUUUUGAAGUAUAGUGCCUCAUAUGGACUCUCACUAUUCAUUUGGGCCCUUGGUGGGAUCUUUUCGUUGUUUGGAGCUUUGUGUUAUGCCGAACUGGGAACAUCCAUUGUUAAAUCAGGAGCUAGCUAUGCUUAUAUACUAGAAGCUUUUGGUGAAUUCACAGCCUUUAUCAGAUUGUGGUCUUCCUUGCUCAUUAUUGAACCAACAACUCAGGCUGUAAUAGCAAUUACAUUUGCUAAUUAUAUUGUUCAACCAAUUUUUCCAUCCUGUGAGCCACCAUACGAAGCAGUCAGGUUGAUUGCAGCUGCUUGCAUCUGCACCUUAACAUUUAUUAACUGUGUCAAUGUGAAGUGGGGAACCAGAGUACAAGAUCUGUUCACAUAUGCAAAAGUUAUGGCCCUUAUCAUGAUCAUCUCGGUGGGUCUUUAUAAAAUUAGUAAAGGAGAAACAGAAAAUCUUAAAGCUCCAUUUGAAGGUUCAACAACUGAUGUAGGAUGUAUAGCACUUGCUCUGUAUUCAGCCCUCUUUUCCUACUCUGGAUGGGAUACCCUGAAUUAUGUCACUGAGGAGAUGAGGAAUCCUGAAAGGAAUCUACCCCUCUCAAUUGCAAUUUCAAUGCCUAUUGUGACCAUUAUUUACUUGCUGACCAACAUAGCAUACUAUGUAGUGUUGGACAUGCCAGCUCUUCUAACAAGCGACGCAGUGGCAGUGACAUUUGGUAAUGAAACCCUUAGUUAUGCUAAGUGGAUAAUUCCUAUUGCAGUGGCCAUGUCCUGUUAUGGUGGAUUAAACUCAUCAACUAUUGCAGCUUCCAGGCUUUUUUAUGUUGGAGCCAGAGAAGGACACCUUCCUGAUAGUUUGAGUUUGAUUCAUAUAAAGUGUUUCACACCAAUCCCUGCUCUUUUCUUUAAUGGUUUAAUGACUUUGCUCUACCUCCUUGUGGAAGAUGUCUUUCUCCUCAUUAAUUACUACAGCUUCAACUACUGGCUGUAUGUUGGGCUGUCUAUUGCAGGAUUAAUAUACCUGAGACGUACUCAGCCUGAUAGGCCACGGCCUAUUAAACUCAGCCUCUUCUUUCCUGUAGUAUACUGUUUAUGUUCCAUUUUCCUGGUCCUGGUUCCUCUCUUCAGCGAUACAAUCAAUACCCUCAUUGGAAUUGGCAUAGCCCUCUCUGGAAUUCCUGCAUAUUAUUUGGGAAUUUAUUUACCAUCUGAAAAGAAACCUAAAUGUCUUCAGUGGCUCUCUGCCACAACAACAAAAUAUGUUCAGAUGUUGUUCUACUGUUGUCUGACAGACUUGGACACUGACGUGGAUCAGACAGAAGCUAAAGCCAAAUAGGGUUGUCUGGACAUUUACAUACUUGAAGCAUUUUUAGUGUCUGAAAUUCUUUGUGUAGGGUUGGUUGCACGAAAGUACCAACAAUUACACUGUGCAUCAGUUUGAUGUUAAUUAUUUUUGUGCUUAUUUUAUUAGCCCCUUCACUGCCAAGGGUAUUUACCAAUCCCUGUUCUACAGGAUUUUUUUCUAAUUUUGUUUAUUAAUGCUGAUUGAUUACCUGGUGAUUGAGAAGUGCUUUGAAAAUAUAAAGCACUGUAUGAAGAAGCUCUUCAUGUUACAUAAGUGUUCGUUUUUGCAAGCCUUUUGGAAUAAAUCUAUCCAGUGCAAAGCAGAAUCUUGAGAAAUAAAAAGACAAAUGAAAGAAUACAAUGCAAAUCAGACACUUACUAGAUGUACAUUUCUAAAGAUAAGGCAGGAGAAGAAAGUCACAAUAUAAAUUUAAGAUUUGUAUUGCAAUUAGAAAAUUUGUUUCUCAGCAAAAUGUUUAAGUAGGCAGGCAAGCAUUUUCAAGGUAUAAAUGCAUCACUAGAACAAAAAAAAUCUAAUCCAUGUUCCCCUAAGUAGAUCCCAGCAGACACAUUUAAUUCAGUUACAAGAAGAAUACAAGGGAAGUGGACUAUCUGAAAAAUAAAAUUUUGUGCUAAACCUUA